GAGCAGUGCGGUCACAGGAGCAGAGAACUGAGAUUCUCACACCAUGACGAACCGCCUGGGCACAUGGGGGCUGGCCAUCUUCUGUAUGCUGCUUGCCAGCCACUUCUCCACAGUCAAGGCCAGGGGCAUAAAGCACAGGUUCAAGUGGAACCGGAAGGCCCUGCCCAGCAGCGGCCAGAUCACUGAAGCCCGCGUGGCUGAGAACCGCCCAGGAACCUUCAUCAAGCAAGGGCGAAAGUUGGACAUUGACUUCGGAGCAGAGGGCAACAGGUACUACGCAGCCAACUACUGGCAGUUCCCAGAUGGGAUCUACUAUGAAGGCUGCUCUGACGCCAAUGUGACCAAGGAGAUGCUGGUGACCAGCUGCAUCAACGCCACCCAGGCGGCCAACCAGGCUGAGUUCUCCCGGGAGAAGCAGGAUAGCAAGCUCCACCAGCGAGUCCUCUGGCGGCUGAUCAAAGAGAUCUGCUCCACCAAGCGCUGUGAUUUCUGGCUGGAAAGGGGAGCUGCACUGCGGGUCACUGUGGACCAGCCAGCAAUGAUCUGCCUGCUGGGUUUCAUUUGGUUCUUUGUAAAAUAA